AUGGCUACGAUCAGAGGCGAGGGGCGACGUCUUCCAACGUCCGACUUGUUCGUCUUGAACGAGACCGUUCCUGAGUCCCUAUUGACGCCGAUGAGAUGCCAGCCAAGACAGGCGAGAAAAGCCCUCUUUAGCCUCGAAGUUGUCUGCCUUAAGUGUCCGGCCUCGGCAGGGGUGGACUCAUGCUCAGGCCAUUUCGCCCAUUUUCUCCCAACUCCCUUGGUCUCCUCUGGUCGCGAUCACCACCUCCAUCCUCCCCAUGUCGUAUGGGCUGAUCUUGUUUGUCCAAAGCAUCCAGUCGUUCCGGAGACAGGCCUUUUUUCCCUCGGCCAUGGGCCUGCGGAGUCCCUUGUCCGCCACCCCCUCGGGCAGACAGGCACGUGUAUCAGAUCUCGAGGCUAUUGUCAGACCGGUCGGGGACACGAGACGUGA